UCCCUCGUCUCUCACACGGCCAGCUCCACUCUGCACAUGAACUCUUGUUCCCUCCCCUUCAGAUCUAUAGUUGCAGGAUGGGUAUAACCAACAUGGUGGUGAGCUGACAGGCCUCUGAUCCUGCUCAAACACAUGCUGUUGAGAUCAGAGCUCAGACUAGUUUCACUUCUCAGGAAGUGAACCUCAGUCAGUCGUCGACAGCGAGUGUUGAAAUGGCGCAGAAAGGAGUUCAGCUGGACCGGGAAUCCUUCUCUUGUUCCAUCUGUUUGGAUCUACUGAAGGAUCCGGUGACUGUUCCCUGUGGACACAGCUACUGCAUGGACUGUAUUAAAGCCCACUGGGACACAGAGGAUGAGAAGGAGAGCUACAGCUGCCCUCAGUGUAGGCACACCUUCACCUCAAGGCCUGUCAUGCUGAAAAGCACCAUGCUGGAGACGGUACUGCAGGAACUGAAGAAGACCGGACUCCAAGCUGCUCCUGAGGAUCCCUCUUAUGCUGGACCUGAAGAUGUGGCCUGUGACUUCUGCACCGGGAGGAAACUCAAAGCCCUCAAGUCCUGUCUGCAGUGUCUGGCUUCUUACUGCCAGAAACACCUUCAGCCUCACUUUGAAUUCGCUCCAUUGAAGAAACACAAGCUGGUGGAGCCCUCCAAGAAGCUCCAGGAGAACGUCUGCUCUCGUCAUGAUGAGGUGAUGAAGAUGUUCUGUCGUACUGAUCAGCAGUCUAUCUGUUAUCUCUGCUCUGUGGACGAUCACAAAGGCCACGACACGGUCUCAGCUGCAGCAGAGUGGAGCGAGAAGCAGAGAGAGCUGGGGGAGAGUCGACUGAACAUCCAGCAGAGAAUCCAGGACAGAGAGAGAGAUGUGGAGCAGCUUGAACAGGAGGUGGAGGCUAUCAACGGCUCCGCUGAUAAAGCAGUGGAGCACAGUGAGGAGAUGUUCACCCAGCUGAUCCGUCUCAUGGAGGAACGACGCUCUGACGUGAGGCAGCGGGUCAGAUCCCAGCAGGAGACUGAAGUGAGUCGAGUCAGAGAGCUUCAGGAGAAGCUGGAGCAGGAGAUCACUGAGCUGAAGAGGAGAGACGCUGAGCUGCAGAAGCUGUCACACACAGAGGACCACAACCAGUUUCUACAGGACUACCCCUCACUGUCAGGACUCAGUGGACCUGCAGACUCAUCCAGGAUCGAGAUCCGUCCUCUGGGCUACUUUGAGGAUGUGACAGCAGCUGUGUCAGAAGUCAGAGAUCAACUACAGGAGGUUCUGAGAGAGAAGUGGAUCAACGUCUCACAUGCAGUGACUGAAGUGGAUGUUUUACUGUCAGAACCACCAGAGCCCAAGACCAGAGCUGGGUUCUUAAGGUACUCACGUGGAGUCACACUGGAUCCAAACACAGCAUACACACAGCUGUUAUUAUCUGAUGGGAACAGAAGAGCAACACUGAAACAACAACAACAGUCUUAUUCUAGUCACCCAGACAGAUUCACUGUAUGGGGUCAGGUCCUGAGUAGAGAGAGUCUGAGCGGACAGUGUUACUGGGAGGUGGAGUGGAGAGGGAAAGGAGUUUGUGUAGCAGUCGCAUACAAGAAUAUCAGCAGAGCAGGGUGGUCACAGGAUUGUCAAUUUGGAUAUAAUGAUAAAUCUUGGAGGUUAGAUUGUAACAACAACAGUUAUAACUUUUGGUACAACAAAGUGAAGACUCCUGUCUCAGGUCCUCAGUCCUCCAGAGUAGGAGUGUACCUGGAUCACAGAGCAGGUAUUCUGUCCUUCUACAGCAUCUCUAAAACCAUGACUCUGCUCCACAGAGUCCAGACCACAUUCACUCAGCCGCUCUAUGCUGGACUAUGGUUAAACUACAAACAUGAAGACACUGCUGAGUUCUGUGAACUCCAAUAAAAACCUUCAAGUCCGUUCAGACCAAAUAUGAGCAACAAGAGGAUUUCAAAGCUGCAUGGUUCUGGUCUGAUGGUUCUCCCUCCAAGAACUCUCUGUGCUUCAGGUCUUCAUGCCGGCUUUGUGAGUAUUUGUGUAGCUGCUGGUUUUGUAGACCCUUUAAGGCAGGGGUUCCCAAACUAUUCACCCUGCGACCCCCAAAAUAUAGAUGCCAAAGACUCGUGACCCCCACUGUCCCUCAAAGUGAGUUAAACAUGCUUCAUACUUCAUUUACUUCAUACUUCAAAAUGAGUUUACCUACAUGCACAUGUGUCUGUGUUUCCUGUGCUGCUGUAAAUUAACCUGCUGCUACUGAUCCUUUUGUUAAUGGACUGUUAGCCAACCCUGACCCUGACUUUAGGAGUCAUCAGGCAACAAAGAAAGGCAGAAAACUAAUGAAAUAUUCUUAUUUGCAGGGUUUUAUUUCAAAUGUAAACAUUUUUUGUCUAUAUUUUUACACUAAUAGGGAAAAUAAGCACACAAAAAAUCUGGAAGACAUCUGGCAACCCCCCAGUUAGUGUCUCACGACCCCCCAGGGGGUCCCGACCCACACUUUGGGAACCCCUGCUUUAAGGGAUGAGGACAGUGAUGCUGGAAAGAAAAACAGCUCUGUGUGAAAUGUUUGUGUUCCACAGGAUGGGAAGAUCUUUAUUUGUUGUUUGCUUGUUGAUCACGCUUCAUGAAUUUUGAGACAAUCGUUAAAAUGAUGUUUGUUUUAUUUUGUAGAGGCUUUUAUUUUGAAAGGGCUUCACCGUGGGCAGGUUUUGCAGGUAUGAAGCGUCAGAAAAGACUCCAAAACAUGACAAAGUGAAAAGCAGGAGCUUCUUUCUGAUCCUAAAUCAAAGGAUGUAAAGUCUGCAGAUGAAAAUAUCAUCUCUAACAUGUCAUGAUGUUCAUGUUUCUACAUUCAGGAUCCUGUUUUUAUUGAGUCCAAUCAGCUGAUCAAACAAGUCCUUUUCAUUCUUUGUUCAACUGAUGAAGACUUUAAUACUCACAUCAAUAAUUAGGAUUGUUGGACUUCUCUUAGAUUGUACAGAUGAACUUUGUGACUUCAGGUUUGUUGCUGAUUGAGCUAACUGCAGCAGAUAUUCCUGUCUGCUUCUUUUGGAUCAGUGGAUUUGUAAAGACGUCUACACUCACACUUUUUUUUUUUUUGGUGGCGGAUCCAAAUGUUGUUUUCCACAAAUGUAUGUACAGAUGAGGUUCAGUGAGGUUUGAUAGAAGUGUAUUAAUAAUCACAGGGAUUUGUAAAAGUGGUUUUAUUUUUGGGACACAGCUGAGAUUCUGCUGAAGUGAACUGAUUGUGUAAGUGAAGUCAACCUGUACCUAAAAUCAUCCAAUAAAUCAAAGUGUGUCUUUAACA